AGAGAGAGAGAGAGAGGGGGGAGAGAGGGAGAUAGAGAACCCAGUGAGGACAAACUUGCAAGAAGCAGAGCAUGCAGAAAAAGCUCCGCAAGACAACAGUGCAGCAGCUCGGCGGGGUUUGAAGCUACAGAGGCAGCACUGAGCUUACGGAUUACAAUGAUUGCCACAACUCAACAAAACAUGACCACGGAGCUGGACCUGGGUAGUUCAGAUGGCCCCCCGCGGAACUGGAAGGGCAUAGGGAUUGCCAUGGUGGUGAUCCUGGCUGUUAUGUCUCUGGUCAUUCUCUCUGUCAUCGUCCUCACACCUGAUGCAUCUAAAUUGUUGCUCCGUUCCCAUCUCACUAUGGAGGACCUGGAGAGUGAAGAGUUCAAAGUUCAUGACCCCCAUAUGGCAUGGUUGAAUGAAAAUGAAGUGGCUUUCCGCACCAGAGAAGGACACGUCCUGUCCUUCAACCUCAACAGCAACCUCACCUCGACUCUGGUGGACAACAGCUCCCUGGACCUGACCAUUACUAAAUUCCAGGUGUCUGCAGACAAGAUGUUUGUCCUCUUGGCGUAUAACAUUCGACCGGUGUUCUCUCAGUCCUUCACAGCCUCCUAUGCUUUCUACAAUGUGGCUAAUGGGGAUCUGCUGGAGCUAAACCCUCCAGGGAGAGAGAAAGCAGUGCUACAAUAUGCUUCCUGGGGGCCUCAGGGGAGCCAGCUGGCCUACGUGUUUGAAGGAGAUAUCUACUACAAGCCGAGUGUGAGCAGCAAAGCCCUGCGUCUCACAACCACCGACCUGGAGCAGAAUGUGGUGAACGGGCUGUCGGACUGGACUUACGAAGAGGAAGUGCUCUUGACAUACGUUGCCCACUGGUGGUCCAUGGACGGGGCCCGGCUAGCGUACCUCACCAUCAACAACUCUGCCACACCUGUGAUGGAAAUCCCUCACUUCUUAGGGGGUCUCUACCCCUCCAAUGUGCUCUUUCACUACCCAAAGGCUGGCUCGAGUAUCCCAUCGGUCAGUCUGUUGGUGGUGAAUCUGUACGGUCCAGCUCACACUGUUGAGAUGAUGCCUCCUGACUCCCUCAGGGCCAGGGACAGCUACAUCUCCAUGGUGACUUGGAUCAGCAGCACCCGCCUCGCGGUUCGUUGGCUGAACCGUGCCCAGAACCAAUCAGUGCUGUGCGUGUGCGAGGCGACCACCGGGGCCUGCUCAGAGAAACACAAACUGGCCAUGGACCUAAUGCAAAACCAACGACAGGACGUGCCGUUGUUUUCAGCCGACGGCGCUGUGUUUUAUACAAUCCUGCCAGCAAAACAGGGCGCCCGCGGAGAGUUUCACCACAUCGCCGGUCUUUCAGCCCAGCCUGCCAUCCCCUCCGUCCCUCCUCGCUUCCUGACAUCAGGCAGCUGGGACGUCAGCUCGCUCUGCGCCCUCGACGACAAUGCUGGAAAAAUCUAUUUCCUGAGUGCAGAAGAAUCCAGACAAAGCAGACACCUUUACAGUGUGGACCUGGAUGGAGUGUUCCAGCGCCAGUGCAUCUCCUGUAACCUCAUAGAUGGAUGUCGCUUCUUCAAAGCUCACUUUAGCCCCAAUCAAACCCACUUCACCCUCUACUGUCUAGGCCCAGGAAUCCCUAAAGUGACAGUUCACAGUACAAAGGACCCCUACAGAUACGUCGUCUUGGAGGAUAACAGCCCUCUAUCUAAAGCUCUGGAGGACAAGAGGCUCCCUGAGACUCUGUUUAGGACACUCCCGGCAGACAACCACGAUGUACACCUGAAGCUAUCUCUACCGCAGGGUUACGAGGCCAACCUGCACCCUCUCCUCAUCAUCGUGGAUGGCGUUCCGGGCUGUCAGUCGGUGACAGAGGAAUUUGCUCUCGACUGGCCUCAGGUCCUCUCUGGCACACACAAUGUGGCUUUGGCAUGGGUGGACGGCAGGAGUGGGGUCGGCCGUGGCCAGAAGACCACCGCUGUGGAUCCACGCAAGCUCGGCUCAGUUAGAGUCAAAGAUUAUCUGGGAGUUGUCGAGUUGUUGAUGCAACUGCCUUAUAUUGACGAUCGUCGGAUGGUCCUCUAUGGCAAGGCAUUUGGAGGUUAUUUAACUCUCAAGAUGUUAGCUGCAACAGAUAAACUCUUUCAGUGCGCAGUCGCUAUGGCACCGGUAACUGACUUCAGGCUUUAUAGUGCUGCAUUCUCAGAGCGGUAUCUAGGCCUUCCAGCAAAGGAGGAGCACACUUACUCUACUACCUCUUUGCUGGAGGAGGUUAACAAGCUGAAAGAUGAGCAUUUCCUUAUUCUACAUGGAACUGCGGAUGCGAGGGUCCACUUCCACCACACUGCUGAGCUCCUGAGCCGACUGGUGAGGGUGGAAGCCAACUACUCGCUGCAGCUGUACCCGGACGAGGGUCACAUCCUGAGAGAGCCACGCAGCAUCCAGCACUUCCAGCGGACAGUGGUGAACUACCUCCAAGGCUGCUUGAAGCACAGCAACCUCCUAGAUCCUGUAGAGGAUCCCGAGGAAGAAGAUGAUUGAGCCCAGAGCCCCUUUUCAAUGCUCGUGGAAGGACCAUCUUUGGACUGUAUGCCAUUUUAUGCAUCACCUUGGGACGGAUUACUAGGCACAAGAGCACAUGAGUGGGGACCAAACACAUCAGAUCACCUCCUACAUGUUCUGGAAAAAUUUAUGUACUGUAAACCUCAAUUAUUUCUGCUGAUGUACUGUAUGGUCAAGGCUCUGCUUUUUUUUUUAAAUACAAAAUUCACUAGUAGGCUACUGAUUCUGCCAAAGGUUUACAGAGAUUUUAAAACAUGCAUGUCGUAAUGGCUGCAUGAUGUGGAUUAGUUUCCAUUGCAUUUUCUGUUACACAGAUCUAAAU